AUGGGUCAUGCUUUUCACACCUCUCCAUUUCACUUCAAGAACUCCUCCAAUGGCUCUGUUUUUUCUUUCUCUACCUCUUUCGCCUUCAUCAUCGUCCCCGAAUACCCAAAACUCGGCGGCCAUGGACUCGCCCUCACUCUCUCUCCUUCCGUAGACCUCCCAACAACUCUUCUUAGUCAGUACCUGGGCCGUCUCAACGCCUUUGACAGUGGAAACUUCUCGAACCACUUGUUCGCAGUCGAGUUCGACACCGUUCAGGACUUCGAGUUCGGAGAUAUCAAUGAUAACCAUGUUGGCGUCAACAUCAACACCAUGGCAUCGAACAAGUCUGUUGCGGCAGAUCUGAAUCUGAAAGGUGGAAAACCCAUUGUGGUUUGGAUUGAAUACAAUUCGAUUACGACUCUUAUCAAUGUUACAAUUUCGCCGCCUUCUUCAAAACCCAGAUUGCUAAUUCUUUCUUUGAAUUUCGAUCUCUCUCCAAUUCUCCAUGAAUGGAUGUUUAUUGGGUUCUCUUCUUCCACUGGUUUGCUCGCUAGCUCGCAUUACGUAUUGGGUUGGAGCUUCAAAAUCAAUGGAACUUCCAAAUCGCUUAGCUUGAAUUCUCUGCCAUCAUUGCCUCUUUCAAUUGAGUUUGUUACGUUGGAUUUAUGGAUGUAUAGGCAUUUGGGAUUUAUGGGUUCUGCUUAUUUAGGGGUGUUCAAUGGAGUUGAGUUUGUUAUAGUUCUUGGUUGGCUGUAG